UAAAACCCGCUGCCCGCCGCCGUCGCCACCACCGUGCCACCGUCGCCAUGUCCCCGAGGGCCACUGGCCACCGCCUCCUCCUCCUGGCCGGGCUCGUGGCGGCGCUGGGAGUGUCGCCGGUGUCCCCAAUCCACGUGUACACGCAGCGGGAGGUCUAUGGCACCGUGGGCUCCCGUGUCACCCUGUCCUGCAGCUUCUGGUCCAGCGAGUGGAUCUCGGACGACAUUUCCAUCACCUGGCACUUCCAGGCCGAGGGCUCCCGCGACACCAUCUCCAUCUUCCACUACGCCCAGGGCCAGCCCUACAUCGAUGACGUGGGGAGCUUCAAGGAGCGCAUGGAGUGGGUGGGGAACCCGCGGCGCAGGGACGGCUCCAUCGUCAUCCACAGCCUGGAGCCCACCGACAACGGCACCUUCACCUGCGACGUCAAGAACCCCCCGGACAUCGUGGGGAAGUCCUCGCAGGUCACCCUCUACGUCCUCGAGAAAGUGCCCACCCGCUACGGCGUCGUGCUGGGGUCUGUCAUCGGCGGGGUCCUGCUGCUGGUGGCCGUGCUGGUGGCCCUGGUCUAUGCCACCCGCUACUGCUGGCAGCGGCGCCAGGCGGUCCUGCAGCGGCGGCUGAGCGCCAUGGAGAAGGGGAAGCUGCAGCGCUCGGGCAAGGACGGCUCCAAGCGCAGCCGGCAGGCCCCGGUGCUCUACGCCAUGCUGGACCACGGCCGCAGCGCCAAGAAAGCCAAGGGCGGCCCGGGAGACUCGCGCAAGGAUAAGAAAUAGCGGUUAGCGGGCAGGGAGGGACCCCCGGGGGCGGACGAGGGCGCGGGGGGCCCCCGGCCCCCCAAAGUCAUCAUGACCAUCGAGAUGGAGCUGCGGGGGGAGCCCCGGGCCGCGCCCCCGCCCGCCGCCCGCUCCCCGAGCCGGGGCAGCCUCAAGAACGCCCUGCUGAGCAUCAUCAAACCCAACUCGGGGGGCUCCUGAUUUCAUCGCCCCCAGCCCCGGCCGCGGCCCCUCCCGGCUCGGGACCCGGCGAGGAGCGGGGUGUGGUCCUCGCCUCGGGUCCCUCCGGCCUUGGGGACAGCGCUGGGGACAGUCCGGGGGUCCCUCCCCCGCCCCGUCCCGCAGCCCCUCUCGGUCGCUCCCUGCCCAGCCCCGGGCGCGGAGGGAAUUUCUCCUUUCGAACACAAAAGCAGCGGAUUUGGGGUCGGUCCCCCCCCUCCCCAGGGAUCCGCGGGGUCCCCGUGGGACCGUGUCACCCCCGUGUGUCCCCUCCCCGUACUCGAGGGGGGGGGGGGGGUUCUCUGCCCCCAAUUUUACUCCUUUUCUGGCCGUUUUCUCGUCUCUCCCCGCGACCGACCCCAAAUGACGUCGCAGGGUGGCCCCCGCCCCACCCCCUUUGUCCCCCCCCCCCCCCCCCAUUAACCCCCGCACCGCGUAACCCCCGGGACCCUCCCCCCCAAAACCGGCCGGAGCCCCGUUGAGGGGGCGAGGCUGCGGCCGGGGACUGGGGGGGAGCCGCCCGUGCCCCCCCCGACGCGUUUUUCUACACCCUGUCCCUGUCCCCUCCCUGUCGCCGUGGUGCCAUUAAUAAAACUGACACGUCCGGGA